AUGGACGCGUUCGUGACGAGAAAGAGAUGCAAACCCAGCAGCGACGAUGACUCGGACUCGACCGACCUCAAGCUGGCCCUGCUGUCGUCGCUGCACCCCGACCUGGACCAGGGCCUCCUGCUCGACGUGCUGCUCGCCCACGACGGCUCCGUGGACGAGGCCUCGGCGUCCCUGUCGGCGGCCUUCUUGGCGCCCGGGAAGCCUGGUGGCGGCGGCGGGGGCACAAGAGCCGUCAUGGGCGGGGGGACUCAGUCAUCCCUGAGAUCCUUCACGACGACAACAACAGCUGCACAUCCUUCUUCGUCCUCUUCGUCGUCUCCUUCUUCCCACGCUUCCCCGGCGAAGAAGAGGACGGCCAAGGCCCUGUCGAGAAAAGGCAAGACCCUGUUCCUGUACGACCCCAUAGACAUCGCCGAGCACACCCCGUGCACCGUGGUGCACAACUUUUUGCCGCCCGACGACGCCAAUGCGCUACUAAGGGAGCUCCUGGUCGAGUCGGAGACGUUUGAGAAGAUCACCUUUAAGCUGUUUGACAAUGUCGUCUCCAGCCCGCACACCACGGCCUUCUUUGUCGGCAGCUUCGAGGAGAUGCACCAGCAAAAGUACGAGUACCUGUACAACGGCGCCAAGUUGAAUGACGUCCGCCGCCUCACCCCCCAGCUCGAAGCCGUCCGGCCCAGGGUCCAGGCGGCGGUGCAGCGCGAGGUGGCGGAGCGGAUCCGCACGCGGUACCCGGGCGGGCGCAAGCUCCGGCACCAGUCGCCCGACCCCUUCGUGCCCAACGCCGCCUUCGUCAACUGCUACGACGGGCCCCACGAGAACGUCGGCUGGCACAGCGACCAGCUGACGUACCUGGGCCCCCGCGCCGUCAUCGGCUCGCUGUCCCUGGGCGUCGCGCGCGAGUUCCGCGUCCGCCGCGUUCAGCAGCAGCAACAACAACAACAACAACAACAACAGCCAGAGGACGCCGCCAACGAGGGCCAGAUCUCGAUCCACCUGCCGCACAACUCGCUCCUCGUCAUGCACGCCGAAAUGCAGGAGGAGUGGAAGCACUGCAUCGCCCCGGCCCAGGCCAUCCAGCCGCACCCCGUGGCCGGCAACCGGCGCAUCAACGUCACCUACCGCGACUACAAGGCCGCCUUCCACCCAAAGUUCACCCCAAAGUGCAGGUGCCAGGUCCCGACCGUCCUGAGGGUCGUGCAGCGCAAGAGGGAGAACUGGGGAAAGUACUUUUGGAUGUGCCACGCGGGCAACGUCCCCGGCAAGACGGGCUGCCCCUUCUUCCAGUGGGCCGAGUUCGACCAAGACGGCAACCCGCCGUGGAGCGCGGCUGUAUCCAAGGGGCGUCCAAAACCAGAGAGCCCAAAGUUGCCAUCAGGCCCAGAAACGAAGACUUGAUUAUCUAUCCUUGUUCUUUUGUGAUUUUUAACCCCCAUGACCCAUGAUAAAUGUUUCUCUCUGCUAUCUCAAAAAAACGCCCAUGACUAAUAACGCGCGCGACACAUCAUCAUCACCACCACCCAGACCAACCCCACCUCCCACCAGACUCCCUCUUCGCCUUGCCACUGCCACGCCGGACGACGUCACGCUGCUGCUGCUGCUGCUGU